CUUUUCGGAAAUCAGUCUAAAACGGAACUAUUCACAAUAAACAAGAAAUUAAAAGCAUGAUGUAGUAGUGACCCAAAACGAACGUGAAUUCUUCUCCGGGACGGGCAGAGACCUGUGGGUGAACUGUUUCUAGAUUCUUGUUUCAGCUUUCCUGAGAGUCAGAAUGAGCAAGCGGCACAUAACCGUAGGGCAGCAAACAUGGGCCCUCCUCUGCAAGAAUUUUCUUAAAAAGUGGAGGAUGAAGAGAGAGACCUUGUUGGAAUGGUUUUUCUCAUUUCUUCUAGUAUUAUUUACAUACCUAUUUUCCUCCAAUGUACAUCAAGAUAAUGACUUUCCUCAAAUGCCUGCCGUGGAUCUGGGACGUGUAGAUAAUUUUAAUGAUUCUAAUUAUGUUAUUGCCUUUGCACCUGAAUCCAAAACAACCCAGGAGAUAAUGAACAAAGUGGCUUCAGCCCCAUUCAUGAAAGGAAGAACAAUCAUGGGGUGGCCUGAUGAAAAGAGCAUGAAUAAAUUGGAUUUAAACUAUUCUAUGGAUGCAGUGAGAGUCAUCUUUAAUGAUAACUUCUCUUAUCAUUUGAAGUUCUUCUGGGGCGGUAGAAUCCCCAAGAUGAAGGAACACAGAGAUCAUUCAGCUCAUUGUCAAACAGUGGAUGAGAAAGUCACGUGUGAAGGUUCAGUGUUCUGGAAGAAAGGAUUUAUAGCUUUUCAAGCUGCCAUCAAUGCUGCUAUCAUAGAAAUCACAACAAACCAUUCAGUGAUGGAAGAGCUCAUGUCAGUCACUGGUAUAAAUAUGAAGAUAUUGCCUUUCAUUGCCCAAGAAGGCAUUACGACCGAUUUUUUCAUUUUCUUCUGCAUUAUUUCUUUUUCUACAUUCAUAUACUAUGUAUCCGUUAAUGUUACACAAGAAAGACAAUACAUGAAGUCGUUGAUGACAAUGAUGGGACUUCGAGAGUCAGCAUUCUGGCUCUCCUGGGGUUUGAUGUACGCUGGCUUCAUCUUUAUUAUGGCUACUCUGAUGGCUCUUGUUGUAAAGUCUACCCAUGUUGUCGUCCUAACUGGCUUUGCGGUGGUGUUCACCCUCUUUCUCCUCUAUGGCCUGUCUUUGAUCACUUUAGCUUUCCUGAUGAGCGUGCUGGUAAAGAAACCUUUCCUUUCUGGCUUGGUGGUCUAUCUCCUCACUGUCUGUUGGGGAAGUCUGGGAUUCACUGCGCUGUACAGACAUCUUCCUGCCUUUUUGGAAUGGACUUUAUGCCUUCUCAGCCCUUUUGCUUUCACUGCUGGAAUGGCUCAGCUGCUACAUUUGGACUAUGAUGUGAAUGCUAACAUCCAUUUGGAUUCUUCAAACAACCUGAACCUGAUAAUAGCUAUUCUUUUCAUGUUGGUUUUUGAUACUCUUCUCUAUUUGGUUUUGACACUAUAUUUUGACAAAAUCUUGCCCACUGAAUAUGGUCGUCGACGUUCUCCCUGCUUUUUCCUGAAAUCCUCUUUUUGGUUUCAACACCAAAAGGUUGACCAUGUGGCCCUUGAGAACGAACUAGAUUUAGAUCCUUCAUCUAAUGACGCUUUUGAACCAGUGCCUCCAGAAUUCCGUGGGAAAGAAGCCAUCAGAAUAAAAAAUCUUAAAAAGGAAUAUAAAAAAGGAAAGAAUGAAAGAGUAGAAGCUUUAAAAGGAUUGGUAUUUGACAUUUAUGAAGGCCAGAUCACCGCCCUCCUCGGUCACAGUGGAGCUGGGAAAACAACCCUGUUAAACAUGCUCAGUGGACUGUCGGUCCCAACAUCUGGUUCAGUCACCAUCUAUAACCACUCACCAUCAGAAGCGGCUGACUUGGAAACUGUCAGCAAGCUCACCGGAGUUUGCCCACAAUCCAAUGUGCAAUUUGGCUUCCUCACUGUGAGAGAAAACCUCCAGCUGUUUGCUGAAAUAAAAGGGAUUCAGCCACAUGAAGUGAAGCAAGAGGUGCAAAGGGUUUUACGGGACUUGGAGAUGGAAAGUAUCCAAGACAUCCUUGCUCAAAAUUUAAGCGGUGGACAAAAAAGGAAACUAACUUUUGGGAUUGCCAUUUUAGGAGAUCCUCAGAUCUUGCUACUGGAUGAACCGACGGCUGGAUCAGACCCUCUUUCAAGGCACCGUGUGUGGAGCCUCCUGAAAGAGAGGAAGUUAGACAGAGUAAUUCUCUUCAGCACCCAGUUCAUGGAUGAGGCUGACAUUCUGGCUGAUCGGAAGGUGUUUAUAUCCAACGGGAAGCUGAAGUGUGCAGGCUCUUCUCUAUUCCUGAAGAAGAAAUGGGGCAUUGGCUACCAUUUAAGUUUGCAUCUGAAUGAAAUGUGCAAUCCAGACAAUGUAACAUCACUUGUCAAACAGCACAUCCCUGAUGCCAAAUUAACAGCACAGAGUGAAGAAAAGCUUGUAUAUACUUUGCCUUUGGAAAGGACGAACAAAUUUCCAGACCUUUACAAGGAUCUUGAUAGAUGUUCUAACCAGGGCAUCGAGAAUUAUGGUGUUUCCAUGACAACUUUGAAUGAGGUGUUCUUGAAAUUAGAAGGAAAAUCAGCUAUGGAUGAGUCAGAUAGCGGAAUUUGGGGACAGUUACAAAGCGAUAGGACAAAAGACUCAGGAAGCCUUGUUGAGCUGGAACAACUUUUGUCUUCCUGUCACGAAACAAAGAAAGCUGUCAGAGGCAUGGUUCUUUGGAGGCAGCAGGUCUGUGCGAUAGCCAAAGUUCGCUUCCUAAAGUUAAAGAACGAAAAAAAAACUCUAAUGACCAUAUUAUUGCUUCUGGGCAUUAGCUUUUUCCCUCAGCUUUUGGAACAUCUAUUCUACGAGCUAUAUAAAAAGAGUUAUUCUUGGGGCUUGUCUCCUAAUAUGUACUUCCACUCACCGGGACAACCACCUCAAGCUCCUCUGACCCACUUACUGGUCAUCAAUAAAACAGGGUCAAGCAUUGAAAACUUUAUACAUUCACUGAGGCAACAGAACAUAGCUUUGGAAGUGGAUGCUUUUGGAACUAGAUAUGGCCCAAACGAGUCAUCAUACAAUGGUGCCAUCACGGUGUCAGGUGAUGACAAGGAUCACAGGUUUUCAAUAGCAUGUAAUACCAAAAGGCUGAAUUGCUUUCCUGUCCUCAUGGAUAUCAUUAGCAAUGGGCUACUUGGAAUUUUGAAUUCUUCAGAACGCAUUCAGACUGACAGAAGCACAUAUUUUGAAGAGCACACGUCUGAUGAGUAUGGGUACAUGAGUAAUGCCUUCUUCUGGAUACCUGUGGCAGCUUGUUUUACUCCUUACAUUGCGAUGAGCAGCAUCGGUGACUAUAAAAAAAAAACUCACUCCCAGCUGUGGAUUUCAGGCCUCUAUCCUUCGGCUUACUGGUUCGGGCAGGCUCUGGUAGACAGUCCGCUGUACUUCUUGAUUCUCCUUCUCAUGCAAAUAAUGGAUUACAUUUUUAACCCGGAUGAAAUUAUGUUUAUAAUUCAAAACCUGUUAAUUCAGAUCCUGUGUAGUAUUGGAUAUGUCUCAUCUCUUAUUUUCUUGACAUACGUGAUUUCAUUCAUUUUUCGCAAUGGGAGAAAAAAUAGUGGUAUUUGGUCGUUUUUUUUCUUAAUUGUAAGUAUGAAUAUAGUUGCAGAGGGUAUGAACAUGUAUGGGGUUUAUGGACUAUUCAUCUAAACACACUUUUUCCUCAUUUUACAGAUUUCUCCUGACUCCGUGGAUUAUGUAGGAUCUUCAGAGCAUUAUAUUUUAUAUCUGGCACUGCUAAUACCUUACCUUCAAUUUUUCGUUUUCGUUUUUGUGCUACGAUGUCUGGAAACAAACUUCAGGAAGAAAUCAAUGAGAAAGGAUCCUGUGUUCAGAAUUUCACCAAGCAGCAGUAAAGUCCUCCCAAACCCGGAAGAACCGGAAGCGGAAGAUGAAGACGUCCAGAUGGAGAGGACGAGAACCGCGAAUGCUGUGACCGCCGCAGCCUCUGGCGAGCAACCAGUCAUCGUGGCCAGUUGUCUACGGAAGGAAUAUGCAGGAAAAAAGAAAAACUGCUUUGCCAAGAAAAAGAAAAAAGUGGCCACAAGAAACGUCUCUUUCUGUGUUAAAAAAGGUGAAGUUUUUGGUCUGUUGGGACACAAUGGAGCUGGUAAAAGUACAACAAUUCAGAUGAUAACAGGAGACAAAAAACCAACCUCAGGGCAGGUGACUUUGAAGGGGAGCAGCGAGGGGGACGACCUGGGGUUUCUGGGGUACUGUCCUCAAGAGAACGCGCUGUGGCCCAACCUGACGGUGAGGGAACAUCUGGAGGUGUUCGCCGCCGUGAAAGGCCUGAGGAAAGCGGACGCCGCUGUCGCCAUCACACGGUUGGUGGGUGCGCUCCAGCUGCAGGACCAGCAGAAGCGGCCGGUGAAGGCCUUGUCGGAGGGAAUAAAGAGAAAGCUGUGCUUCGCGCUGAGCAUCCUGGGCAACCCGCCGGUGGUGCUGCUGGACGAGCCGUCCACCGGGAUGGACCCCGAGGGGCAGCAGCGGAUGUGGCAAGCGAUCCGGGCCACCUUUAGAAACACGGAGAGGGGCGCCCUCCUGACCACCCAUUACAUGGCCGAGGCCGAGGCCGUGUGUGACCGCGUGGCCAUCAUGGUGUCCGGGAGGCUGAGAUGUAUCGGUUCUAUCCAACACCUGAAAAGCAAAUUUGGCAAGGAUUACCUGCUGGAGAUGAAAGUGAAGACCCUUAGCCAGGUGGAGCCCCUCCACAGUGAAAUUCUCAGGCUUUUCCCCCAGGCUGCUCGGCAGGAAAGGUACUCUUCCCUGAUGGUCUAUAAGUUGCCCGUGGAGGAUGUGCGACCUUUAUCGCAGGCUUUCUUCAAAUUAGAGAUAGUUAAACAGAACUUUGACCUGGAGGAGUACAGCCUCUCACAGUCAACCCUGGAGCAGGUUUUCCUGGAGCUCUCCAAGGAGCAGGAGCUGGAAGAUUUUGAUGAUGAACUUCACCACUCAGUGAAGUGGAAGCUGCUCCCACAGGAAGAGCCUUGAAGCCCCUAAUAGCCUGUGUUCCUCUUUAAGCUUGUGACUCUUUUUAAGAUAAUAUUUUAUAGCAUGGAUAUACCUUAUCUCAGAUAUGUACAAGGUACUUUUGAAACUCAUAUCAUCAUUUUUCUCAAUAAUAUUACUUAUAGUGAGACUAAGGAAUAAAGUCAGGGAGAACAAUGAGGAAGCCAAACUGUGAGCUCAUUAACCAGCAACCAAACCCAAUGUUUCAUAUAGUAGUAAACAAUAAAAAAAAAUUUAUUAUAGGAUUUAUUAUAGGAUUGUUUAUGUUUUUGAGGAUGAUACAGAGUUUGCUUAAUUUUCUUUCUCUGAAUUUCAAAAUAUUGGAUAAUUUCUUUGUGAUAGAAAUACAAAUUAAGACAAUGCUGAUUUGGAGGAGAAGAGAGUUCAUUGAUUACACAGCGGCAUAGUAUUUGCUUUUUGUAAUUCACUUUUUCUUUUUACUUUUUCUUAAUUUACUGAUUUUCCUUUUCUGUCAUUUUUCAGAUUUUAGAUUGUAGAGUCCAUGUUUUGA